AUGGCAGGUGUUGUAGUGAUCUCUGAGACCAUUGUUCGACCCGAGAGCUACGAGGACGGAUCGGAUCGGGUUAAGAUCCAUCUCACUCCAUGGGAUCUCUUCUUCCUUCGAACCGAAUACGCACAAAGAGGUCUUGUCUUUCCACAACCCGACCCGAAAACCCGCAUUAUCUCUCGACUGAAAUCCUCUCUUUCCGUCGCUUUGAAUAUUUUCUACCCAUUUGCGGGGCGUCUAGUCAAGCUCGACCACGGAGAUGACAAAACGGCGGCAUUCUUCAUAGAUUGCGAUGGUUCAGGUGUCAAAUUCGUCCAUGCUUCGGCCAUGACUGUCUCGGUGAGUGAUGUUUUAGAACCGGCCAAUGGUACUGUCCCUGAUUUCUGGCGUGGGCUUUUCCCGGCGAACGGAGUAUUAAGCUGUGACGGGGUCUCGGAAUCGUUGAUCGCGUUUCAAGUAACGGAGUUGAAAGAUGGAGUUUUCAUCGGAUAUGGUUGUAACCAUAUGGUUGCAGACGGGUCUUCGUUCUGGAGUUUCUUCAAAACUUGGACGGAGAUAUGCUCUACAGGGCUGCUUGACCGGAAAAAAAUUCCUCCUUUGCCUCUCCGUGGGUGGUUUCUCGGCGGGAUUGAUUACCCGAUUCGAGUUCCGAUCUCAGAGACGACGGUGUCACCUGUUGGGGUUGUUUCUUCAUCGUUACCCGAUCUACACAAGAAGAUUUUUCGAUUCACGAGUAGAAACAUCUCUGAGCUCAAAACGAAAGCCAACGGCGAGGUUGAUUCCGAUGAUCGGAAAAUCUCGUCGUUUCAAGCCAUUAUGGCGCAUAUGUGGCGAUCAAUCAUCAGAAACAGUGAUCUGAAUCCCGAAGAAGUGAUUCAUUGCAAGAUAGCAAUGGAUAUGAGACAGAGGCUAAACCCUCCGCUCGAGAAAGAGUGUUUUGGAAACGUUGUCGGAUUGGCGACGACGUCGACAACAGCCGGAGAACUGCUUAAUAAUGGGCUGGGUUGGGCUGCUUUGGAAAUAAACAAAACCGUGGGGUCACAAACGAAUGAAAAAAUCAGAGUGUUUGCUGAGAAUUGGGUGAAGAAACCGAAAAUACCGAAUCGUUUAGUGGAGAAUAAUUCGCUCGUUGUUGCUAGCUCUCCGCGGUUCAAUGUGUAUGGAAACGAUUUUGGUUGGGGUAAACCGAUUGCGGUUCGAGCUGGACCGGGAAUUACCGGCCAUGGUAAACUCCUUGCUUACCCGGGAGCUGAAGAAGGAGACAUCGAGUUACAGUCUUGUUUAUCUUCUCACGUGCUGGACAAAUUAUUGGGUGAUGCAGAAUUUUUACUGUAUGUAUGUGUUUGA